GGGCAAAAUCUAACGAUAUUUGGAUAUAGCUGCCAUAUAGACCGAUUUAGGGUCUUCAGGCCAUAAAGACCGCAGUUUUUGUACGAUGUCGAUGAAAUUUGAAGCAAUGAGUUGUACUUAGAGCCACGACAUCCAAAGUUCGGCACGGCCGAACUUAAUGCGUUUUUACUUGUUUCUCAUUCUUUUGAAAUUUAUAGGGAGAUUGGAGCAGACUUUUAAAAGGAGACGUCCACGAGUUUACAAAGAAAGAGUUGAUCCAUUUUCUAUUCCGGACCAUCACUUUAAAGCCAAAUAUCGGUUUAAGAAAUCAACGGCAAAAAAAAUUAUUGGUCUAAUAAAAAAUGAUAUUGAAUUAAGCAAAAGAGGGCACGGGACUCCGGCCGAACUACAAGAUAUGGUUGCUUUGCGUUGUUGGGGUCGCAGAGAGGUUCAAGAUGAUGCGGGAGAUUUGCACGGAUUAGCCCAACCAACGGUUUCAAGAAUAUGCAAUAGAGUUGCUCGCGCUUUGGCUCGUCAUGGUAUGGAAUACAUAAACAUGCCGACAUGUCUCGAAGAGCAAGCCGUAAUAAUGAGAGAUUUUAAGGCCAUUAGAAACUUUCCGGGCGUUAUUGGAGCAAUUGAUGGAACUCAUGUUAAAAUAAAAAAAACUGGUGGAGAUCUUGCCCAAUAUUAUAUAAACCGGAAAGGAUUCUAUUCACUGAAUGUACAGGUGUGAGGUGAUUUACUAAUCGAAGGAGCAUAAUAAAAAAUUAGAAUUUCAUUUUUAGGUUGUGUGUGAUGCCCAAUUGAAAAUUCGCGACAUAGUUGCUAGGUGGAGAGGAAGUACUCAUGAUUGUCGGAUAUUUAAUGAAUCUUCUAUUAAGGAACGAUUUGAAAAAAAAGAAUUCCGGGGUCGUUUACUUGGAGAUUCAGGAUAUCAGUUGACGCAUUAUCUAUUUACUCCUCUCCUGCGCACUAACAACGAAAAGGAAGAACGCUGCAAUGUUGCUCAUAUUGCAACAAGGAAUACAGUAGAGAGGUGUUUUGGGGUGUGGAAGCAGCGAUUUCGUUGUUUGUUAGAUGGAAUGACGGUUAGUCUAUCAAAUGCGAAGACUGUUAUCGUUGCACUUGCUGUG